AUGGCGGACAUGGACGUAUUCGCUGCUAUGGGCAUAUCAGGCUUUGGGAAAGCUGCGAAAAAGCGGGAACUAGACCCCUCCAGAUUCGACAAAACGAAGAGGGUGGAUUCUACCGUGGUAAGACCUGUACCAGGUCCAAGUAAGCCCUCCUCCGAGGUUGGUGUGCGCGCUGCGCAAUCGGAAGAUGAAGACGAUGAAAUGGACGACUCCAAACCGUCAACCUCCAGGCAGGAGGGUCCCUCGAGAGCAAGCGAUGGUGGUGAGGUAUCUGGAGAGGAAGAUGACGCGGCGCACGACGAACCCGAGUACGACCCAUCACUUCCCUCAGGGCCUGAGUUUCCUAUCACUCAUGAGGCGACGCUCAAGGAGCACACGAAGGUCAUUUCGGCAUUGGCGCUCGACCCCAGUGGUGCACGUGUUUUGAGCGGGUCGUACGAUUAUGAUUGCAAACUCUGGGACUUUGGUGGUAUGACCACUCAAACAAGAUCAUUCAAGACUUGGGAGCCAGCCGGCAGUUAUUAUGUUAACGACCUUAAAUAUUCUAACGAUGGCCAACAAUUUCUCGUAAUUUCAGCCACGAUCCAAGCGAAACUUUACGACCGCGACGGCGAAGAAAAGGCAACAUUCGUCAAGGGCGAUAUGUAUAUCAGGGAUAUGAAGAAUACUGCCGGUCACGUUGGGGAGUUGUCCGCAUGCGCGUGGCAUCCACAAGAUCGGAAAUACUUCAUCACUAGUUCUGCAGAUUCAACGAUUAGAAUAUGGGAUGUGGAGAACAAGCGAAAGCAAAAGAGUGUCAUUGUUGUGAAAUCCAAGGAGAGAGGUGCCAGAACCAAGGUAACCACGUGCGCCUACUCUCUUGAUGGAAACUUGAUUAGUGGAGCUUGCCUUGACGGAUCUUUGCACAUGUGGAAUGCAUCGUCAAAUUUCGUCCGGCCAAAUAUGACCGUCGAAGGCGCCCACACCAAGGGAAGCGACGUCGGUUCGAUCGUUUUUUCCGUUGAUGGGAGAAUCGUCCUCACACGAGGGGGGGAUGAGACUGUUAAACUUUGGGAUCUUCGCUCCUUCAAAAAACCUCUUGCCGUGGGUUCAGGCCUAGCGACGCUAUAUCCGGGCACGAACGCUGUAUUCAGCCCGGACGAGAAGUUCAUUCUCACAAGCGACGGCGCAUCACAAAAGGGAGGACGGGGAAAGCUGGUCUUUCUUCGGCGCUCAGAUUUGAGCGUUGUAGAAGAGACGGAUAUGGAGACGACGCCAGUCAAAGUGGUUUGGCACUCGAAAAUAAAUCAAAUUCUGACCGGACUUUCGAACGGCACAGUAUCAGUGCUCUACUCCCCGGUGACGUCGAUCAAUGGUGCGAAGUUGUUGCUGGCGAAGGGAGCACCGAAGCGGCCAACGGUGGAAGAUCUCUCUGACGCGCUUGCGGCGCCUGCAAUUUUGACGCCACACGCGCUUCCCAUGUUCCGGGAUGGUGACGGUGUCGUGAAAGGAACAAAGCGAAGGAGGGAGAAAGAUCGGAUGGAUCCCAGGAAGAGCAGAAAACCAGAGUUACCUGUCACUGGUCCAGGGAAGGGAGGUCGCGUCGGUGCAAGUGCGACACAGCACAUUGUACAGAACCUCGUACGGGACACCACACGAGACGAAGAUCCUCGAGAGGCGCUUCUCAAGUAUGCGAAGCUCACAGAAGACGAUCCAGUCUGGACUGCAGCGUGGCGACAAAACCAACCCAAGCCGGUGUUUGCGAACGUGUCCGAGGACGAGGAGGAGGAAAAGUACCCAAUGGGUGGCGUCCGAUUCCCCAAAUCCAAAAUCUCCCUUCCCCUCUCUGCCAACGUCACACUGCGUGACUCACACGUCACGCGCCUCCCGAUGAACGCGACCGACGCUGAACAACACACCCCGCCCACCACCAGCGAGCAUGACAAAGCAUCCUCUCCCAAUCCUUCCCCCGCCCCAGACAUAAACGCCGAGUCCCCAAGCGGAGUGCCCAACGCUGUCUCUGACAUGGAUGCCCCGCCCAAAGUCUAUGCAGCACAGGGCGAUCCGUCUGAAGAUGUCUCAAUGGCCGAACCGUCACCGGUGGCUGACAUGGCUCCCUCGGAGCCUACCGCCAACGGUAACGACCCUGGUGAAGCUACCACGACCACCAAUGGCAUCAACGGUCAUUCACUCGAUGCCGACGGCGACGUUACCAUGACACAACCAUCGCCGCUCGUGAACGGCCAAGCUGACUCGACGGACACAAAGGGCGGUCCAUCUCCCACUGCUCCAAUGUCACCGCCACCCACAGCUUCGGCUUCCCCAUCCCACCCUGAGACGGACGAUGAUAGUAAACCACCCCCUGCCAAACGGGCGCGCAAGUUCUCUGAUGCGGAUCAGGCUUCUGUUGCCCAUACGGCCUCACCACCGCCAGUGACAGCUUCGUCCAUCCAAACUGAGGGUGAUCAGGUUGCUGAAAGCCCAACUCCUCUUCCAUCCUUGCCUGCCCCUUCGGGCGCCUCGACCUUGAGCGCCGCACAGCACCGCUUCUGUUUGUCGACGAUACGGUCCUUGAAGAAGCUGAAGGACGCUUCUGCCUUCCUGCAUCCCGUUGAUCCCAUCGCCCUCAAUAUUCCUCAUUAUCCGAGCAUCAUUAAGAAUCCUAUGGACUUGGGUACCAUCGAAAGGAAACUCAUGUCCUCAAGUCCUGCCAAACCAGACCCAAAUUCAAAUAAUCCUCGUUAUAACAGCGCAGACGAAUUUAUUGCGGAUGUUCGUCUAGUAUUCACGAAUUGUUUAACUUUCAACGGUCCCGAUCACGUCAUUUCGGUAGCAGGAAAGCAUUUAGAAACUGUGUUUGAUAAACAGAUCAAACAACUCCCGCCUCCUGCACCGGCGAAGCCCAGUGUUCAGAAGGCAGCUACGCCUCCGCCUCUACCCCAACCAGUUCAACCGAAGAAAGCCACUGCACCCCCGCGCCGCGCCUCCACCUCCGUUCCUGUUAUUCGUCGCAACGAUAGUGAACACGCGGCAAUUGCGCGACCCAAGCGAGAGAUCCAUCCACCACCGCCCAAGGAUUUGCCAUAUGCCGAUGUGCCAAAGAGGUUGCGCAAACCCAAGGUCAAGGAUGAUGGCACUGCAGAGCAGCUGAGGUUUUGUGCCAAAAUCCUGAAUGAUUUGCACCGUAAGCAGCACUGGGCAAUCGCGCAUCCGUUUUACGAGCCAGUUGAUCCUGUCAAGCUCGACAUUCCAACGUACCCGAAGAUCAUCAAGAAGCCGAUGGAUUUCUCGACCAUGCGAAAGAAACUCGACAACGGCGAAUAUGCGAACGCCACCAAGUUUUUCGAGGAUUUCAAACUCAUGAUUCGCAAUUGUUUCACCUUCAACCCUGCCGGUACACCAGUCAAUCAAGCAGGCAUUGAGUUGCAGCGGCUCUUUGAUGAGAAGUGGAGGAAUCUGCCACCACUGCAGGAGGCGAGUGACGAGGAGGAAGAAGAGGAAGAGAAUGAGUCGGAGGAGGAACGGAAGCGCAGGAUUGCAAAUAUGGAAGCACAGAUCGAGUCCAUGCGGGGCAAUUUGCUUGCUCUCAAAAACCAACCUGCGAAGGAGAAGAAGAAGGAGAAGAAGAAGAAAGAGAAGCCGUCUACUGCCUCAACGUCGAAAGCGUCGGGUUCACGUAUAUCUAAAGCCGCGAAUGCCGCGAACGGCGCUGUAAAGAAGAAGUCAAAGAAGCAAACACAGGACGACGACAUCCUCACAUUUGAGCAGAAGAAAGAUCUGAGCGAGGCAAUCUCGAAUUUGGACGAGUCCAAACUCGAGAAGGUUAUCAACAUCAUUCACGAGGGCGUUCCCGAGAUUCGCGACAGCACCGAGGAAAUUGAGCUUGAAAUUGAUCUUCUUCCUGCACAUGUGCUGACGAAGCUAUACAACUUCGUCAUACGGCCACUACGGCAGCCAGCUCAAAAGCGCAGUCGCGGCACUGGUAAAGGUACUGGUACGGGAGGGUUAAAGCGGAAGAGCAUGGAUGAGAACAUCGAGGCGGAGAAGAUUCGGCAACUGGAGGAGCGCAUGAGGCUUUUCGAUCAGGCGAGCUCCGGACCAACGACCGGUCCCCCUCCGCCUGCUGGCAGAGCCGACGAUAGCGAACAUUCAUCGGACUCCAGUUCAGAUGACAGUUCGGGCAGCGAGUCCGAGUAG